AUGGGGUUCUUUGGAAAAGGUGGUCCGGCGCAGGCGGCGGCAGCAGAAGGAGGAGAUAACAAAGACAACGAAGAGGAGAAGAGUGACGGUGAGCCUCUGAGCAGGCAGAUGAGUGAGUCUUCAACUGUGUAUGCAACUGAUCAGGAGGAAGAUGAUGAGUUUGCAUCCAAGUUGCAGCUGGGUCCUCAAACCACUCUCAAGGAGCAACUUGAGAAAGAUAAGGAUGACGAGAGUCUAAGGAGAUGGAAGGAACAACUUCUUGGGAAUGUGGAUGUGAACAAUGUGACAGAGGUUCUGGAACCAGAAGUGAAAAUAAUAAGCCUUUCAAUAGUGUCACCUGGAAGAGAGGACAUAGUGCUUCCAAUACCUGAGAAUGGGAAUCCAAAGGGUCUAUGGUUCACUCUCAAGGAAGGAAGCCCAUACCGCUUGAAAUUCACUUUUGUAGUCAGCAAUAAUAUUGUGUCUGGAUUCAAGUACACCAAUACUGUAUGGAAGACUGGUGUAAAGGUGGACAGUGCAAAAGAGAUGCUUGGAACAUUCAGCCCUCAGGCAGAGCCUUACACACAUGAGAUGCCAGAAGAAACCACACCCUCUGGCUUGUUUGCUAGAGGACAAUACUCUGCUAAAUCAAGGUUUGUUGAUGAUGACAACAAAUGCUACCUGGAGAUCAACUACACUUUUGAUAUUAAGAAGGAUUGGGCUUAA